AUCCGCCUCCAUCAACAACGUCUCAGUCUCAGCUCUCAGUACACAUCGGCAUCGUCGUCGUCCAUCCCAUUUUCUUGCGUUUCUCCACCGCAGCUGAUUCGAGCUCACUCAGAAUCUGAUCCGAUCCACCACUGCUCUAACAUGGAUAUGGACAUGGACAUGGCCAUGGCCAUGGUGGGCUUCGAUGAGGACAUGGACCAGGUGCUGGCGGCCAUGAGCCCCGCCGGGAGCUCCGCGACGUCGUCCGCGCCCACCGCCGCCGCCGCUCCACCAGCCGUCGUCGCAGCAGGCAGCAGCGACGACGACGAGGCCGGCGCCGCCGACCUCCGGAGGGGCCCCUGGACGGCGGAGGAGGACAUCCUCCUCGUCAACUACAUCGCCGCCCACGGCGAGGGCCGGUGGAACUCGCUCGCCCUCUCCGCGGGCCUGAAGCGCACCGGCAAGAGCUGCCGCCUGCGGUGGCUCAAUUACCUGCGGCCCAACGUGCGGCGGGGCAACAUCACCGCCGAGGAGCAGCUGCUGAUCCUGGACCUGCACUCGCGCUGGGGCAACCGGUGGUCCAAGAUCGCGCAGCACCUUCCUGGGCGCACCGACAACGAGAUCAAGAACUACUGGCGCACCCGCGUGCAGAAGCACGCCAAACAACUCCGCUGCGACGUCAACAGCGCCCACUUCCGCCACAUCGUGCGCCACGUCUGGAUGCCGCGCCUCCUGGAGCGCGCCCAGGCCGACGCCAGAUGCGGCGGCGUACAGGCUCCGGCCACCACCACGGCCAGCGCGCCGCCCGCGUGUUAUAACUACUACGACGACGGCCGCCAACACUUGCUGCAGCAACAGGGAAGCGCCCACCACGGCGUGCCGGCGGCGAGCGAAGCUCACCACCACCACCAAUACUACAGCGAGCCGGCAGGCCCGACGGCGGCGACGGCCACGGCCCUGAGCCCCGACGACGCGUCCAGCGCGCUGCGGCCGUCGUCGUCGCUCACGGCGGACGACGCGUCGCAUUAUGCUGCAGCUUACGCUUACACCUCGGCGGCCACGGCGACCCCGACGACAGACGACCAACAAGGCGUCCUGCACCACUGCGGCGCCGAUGCAAGAACCGGGCCAACGCCGAGUGACGCCGCCGGUGACGACGACGUGUUUGCCGGGACGACUUGGUCAGAGCUUCUCGCCACCACCGCUACCGGCGGCCCUCACGAGGACUGCAGCUCCAUGUCCAUGAUCGGCCUGCAGCUGCAGGACUUUGGGAUAGGGUAUUUCGAGGGCGGCCUCUGGAGCCUGGACGACCUUAGCUUAGAGCAGCCGUGCACGCUGAGCUCACCUGCUGAUGCAUAUCAUCAUCACCACGCAUGCAGCUAGCUAGGAGUAGUCGACAAGCAAGUCACUGAGUGAAAGAGACGACACAUGGAGGCACAGGUGAAGAAGAAUUAUAAUGCAUGCAUCAUACGGCAUACAUGUGAAAUGUUGUCGGAGACCAAAAAAACACAUACUUCUUUUUCGUGUUUUAGUUUAAAGAUAAACUUAUACAUACGGCCGACAAAUA